GAAUGGCGUUUCGCGCUAUGAGAAUAGGUCUGAUCCGCAUGGGGUAUCUAAAUUCGCCUCCUCUGCUACGGGGAAAAUCGAUGGCUCAAAAAUUUGUCGCUGUAGUGGGGAAUAGGAACAUGAGCCAGGAAAUUCCGAUCAGCCGCUUCCCUGUUCCAAAUAUUGACACGUUACCCAAAGACAUACAGGAGAGAAUGAAAGAGGUCGAAGAGAAGGGUGGUUUUUUACCAAAUGUUUUCAAAGUUCUUGCUCAUCGACCAGAUGAAUUCCGAGCUUUUUUCGUGUAUUAUGAUGCUUUGAUGCUAAGAGAGGGGAACCUUACCAAAGCAGAGAAAGAGUUGGUUGUAGUUGCAACAAGUUCAGCAAACAGCUGUUUGUAUUGUAUUGUGGCUCAUGGUGCACUGUUGAGAAUCUACUCAAAAAAUCCAUUGCUAGGAGAUCAGGUAACAGCCAAUUGGCACUGUGCUGACCUCACAGAAAGAGAAAAGGCUAUAAUUCAGUUUGCAAUGCGUGUUUGUAGAUCAGAAACAAUAGAAGAUGAACACAUAGCAGCUCUUGAAAAACAUGGCUUGAACACUGAAGAUGUUUGGGAUGUUGGUGCUAUUGCUGGACUCUUUGCAUUAUCAAAUAGAAUGGCUCAUUUAACCAACAUGCAACCAAAUGAAGAGUUUUAUUCAUUGGGUAGGGCAAAGAGAGAUAAGUAGAAAUGUCUUCUGUGAAUAUUGCAAUACUAUGGGGAGGAUUUUUUAAUGUUGAUUAGGUUUCUCUCCAGAGAACCAAGGAAAGAUUUGUGCCUGUGUUUCAACUGUAAGGGAUGCUGAAGGUUAUAAAAAGUGAGUAAAAAGGUAUUGAUAUGGGAAGUUUUAAGUGGGUGUGUAGGUCUUUUUAACUUUGUGGAGGGGCUAUGGCCUUGAGUUAUUCAAAAGGUUUUCAUUUAUCAUUUGUGCAUUCUCAAUAUGAAAACAAAAGGAUCUGGCAAGCCUUGCUUAUGUUAGUUGAUGGUGUUAUCCAGCAUGAAGCAGUGUACAGUAGCAUUACUCCUUCUAGAUGGGGUGAAUGAUGAAUUAGCCUUGCGAUACAUAUGGUGGCCCUGAAGGGUCACACAUGCAAAUUAAAAAUGUUGCCGCAAACUAAAAAUAUU